AUGGCACCAACGCAACAGAGAAGCCUUUUGGCGACCCUCACGGCAGUCUUCGUCUUCCUGAUGCAGGCAGACCCGACCUCUGGUGCUGGCUUUACAUGUGCCGGCACUGGAUGCAUUGCAGCCGUCCUGCUAGUCGGCAUCAAUGCAGUUAUGCAUGUACAUGGCGAAAGCGGCAAGACAGGUGCUAUGACUCCUGCCAAACGAGACGAGGGUUCGAUUGCCUUCAACCAUAUCACCCACGAGGGCGUUGUCCACAGCUUCAUCAAUACUACUGCGUUAACGCAUGACUGGCACUUCGUCCACGCCGUCAACCAACCCGUCAACCUGACGGUCAGAAGGCUGUCUGACGGUCGGAUUCAUGCCCGCACCUAA